CCGACUACUCAGAGGACGUGGAACACUACAAACAGGAACUUUAAAGGAAUGAAAUCUGUUGCCUGUUCCACUAGGAAUAUUGUUUGCAAGGCACAAGGUGUCUUUUGGUAGUGAGCACCCUCUGCGCAUGCGCAGGUCCAUUCGGGAAUUACUGCCCUGCCGCCGACUAAGUUGCAUUCCUUGAAUCCUCGCAGGAAAGACAAUUCUUUAAUCAGAGUUAGUAAUGUGGACAGUACAAAAUCGAGAGAGUUUGGGGCUUCUCUCUUUCCCUGUGAUGAUUGCCAUGGUCUGUUGUGCACACAGCGCCAAUGAGCCCAGCAACAUGUCAUACGUGAAAGAGACAGUGGACAGAUUGCUCAAAGGAUAUGACAUUCGCUUGCGGCCGGACUUUGGAGGGCCCCCUGUGGACGUAGGGAUGCGGAUCGAUGUCGCCAGCAUAGACAUGGUCUCCGAAGUGAACAUGGAUUAUACACUCACCAUGUAUUUCCAGCAGUCUUGGAAAGACAAAAGGCUUUCUUAUUCUGGAAUCCCGCUAAACCUCACGUUAGACAACAGGGUAGCUGACCAACUCUGGGUGCCAGACACCUACUUUCUGAAUGACAAGAAAUCAUUUGUGCAUGGGGUUACGGUGAAAAAUCGAAUGAUCCGACUGCAUCCUGAUGGAACGGUUCUCUACGGACUCCGGAUCACAACCACAGCUGCAUGUAUGAUGGAUUUACGAAGAUAUCCUCUGGAUGAACAGAACUGCACUCUGGAGAUUGAAAGUUAUGGCUAUACCACUGAUGACAUUGAGUUUUACUGGAACGGAGGAGAGGGAGCUGUAACUGGAGUUAAUAAAAUUGAGCUUCCUCAGUUUUCAAUUGUCGACUACAAGAUGGUGUCCAAGAAAGUGGAGUUCACAACUGGGGCUUAUCCACGACUGUCACUAAGUUUUCGUCUAAAGAGAAACAUUGGUUACUUCAUUUUGCAAACCUACAUGCCUUCCACACUGAUUACAAUUCUGUCCUGGGUGUCUUUUUGGAUCAACUAUGAUGCAUCUGCAGCCAGAGUUGCACUAGGAAUCACCACCGUGCUGACAAUGACAACCAUCAGCACUCACCUCAGGGAGACCUUGCCAAAGAUCCCUUAUGUCAAAGCGAUUGAUAUUUACCUGAUGGGUUGCUUUGUGUUUGUGUUCCUGGCUCUGCUGGAAUAUGCCUUUGUAAAUUACAUCUUCUUUGGAAAAGGCCCUCAGAAAAAGGGAGCUAGCAAACAAGACCAGAGCGCCAAUGAGAAGAACAAACUGGAGAUGAAUAAAGUUCAGGUCGACGCCCACGGCAACAUUCUGCUCAGCACCCUGGAAAUCCGGAACGAGACGAGCGGCUCGGAAGUGCUGACGGGCGUGAGCGAGCCCAAGGCCACCAGCAUGUACUCGUACGACAGCGCCAGCAUCCAGUACCGCAAGCCGCUAAGCAGCCGCGAGGGCUACGGACGCGCGCUGGACCGGCACGGCGCGCACAGCAAGGGGCGCAUCCGCCGGCGCGCCUCGCAGCUCAAAGUCAAAAUCCCCGACUUGACUGAUGUGAAUUCCAUAGACAAGUGGUCCCGAAUGUUCUUCCCCAUCACCUUUUCUCUUUUUAACGUCGUUUAUUGGCUUUACUACGUACACUAAGGUCUGUCCUAAUGGUUCGUAGACUACUCUCCUCUUCUCUUGAUUCUUAACCCCACAGCCCGCCCCCGCCCCUAGCAGCAGCGAUACUGCUGUGUUUUUUGAGGUAAGAGAUUCAGCCAUCCAAUUGGUUUUAGGUGUUGCAUAUCAAUUUUAUUACUGCACCAUGUUUACUUCCAAAAACAAAACACACAAACGCACACACAAACGCGCACGCACACACACCAAAAAAACUUAUUUUUUUUCCAGGCUACUGUGGUCCAGGUUAUCAGCUCUUUCAGAGCUCUAUUAAUUGCCAUGUUUACAGAACACACACACACACACACACACACACACACACACGCACACACACACACACACACACACACAGAAGUUAGAUAGAUAGAUCUUUAGCAGUCCUUCCUACCUGCCCUGGAUUUUAUUGAUUUAUUCUUCAAAUGAGAAUGAAGAGGACUUAGCUCUCUGCGCACACUGCUUCCUGGUAAACUGUAACAAUUUCAUGCUGCCAAAAAACAACACAAUUUCCAGGAUCUCAGAAGAAAAAACAAAGCCAUUGACAAGUUACAGAUUUCCAGGAAGAAGGGGGGCGGCGGAUAAAAGGAGCCUAGACCAGGAAGGAAGACUCCCCUCCACCCUCAAGUCCCCAAAACUCCCUUGUAGAAGGGGUCCCCGCUCCAUGGGACGGGAGGGAGGGAUUGAGAAGGGCUGACGGAGGUUGUGCAAAACAAAUCUGGCAUCUUCACCUUACUAUUCAGCUAGGUAGUCUGGAAAAAAACAAAAAACAAAAAAACUGCUUCUUUCUCAGACUUGCAAGCAGAUUUAAAACUAGCACUAGAAUCCAUCCUGGUGGCCACUGAGAACAUCUUUCUCUUGUUGAGAAUAAGGAGUCCGGGGCAAUGGUGAUUUCUUUAACUAUUCAAAUGAGCAGCCCUGAACUCAUUUCAUUGCCUCUGUGCCCUGAAGCCAUGCCUGCGCUUGUCCCCAGGCCCUGCUCCAAAGAGAGUGAGGGAAGAGAAGGGAGGAGGAGGGCUUCCUUAAUGGGAGGGUGAGCACUUUUUGCUUGAAAAAAAGCUUGCCCUUUCCAUGAGGAAGGCAAGUCUUAUGUGCUGUGAAAAGGGUGCCUGGGCAGUUACCUAAACCGCCAAAUCUUAAAUCAAAUAGUGUAUAUUUCUUAGCCUUCCAGAGAGCAGCGCCGAAUGGUGACAGGCCUUGUUGGACAGACCUCAGCAAGCACCAUAGGGCUCUGCUCUCUGAGCUCGGCAUUCCAAAGUAUGAGAUGAAUGCUUCAGGAAAUGCACACACACCCACUUUGCUGUCAUUCUCCUCUGAGGCCAGAUUUCUAUUUUAAAGAAAAACUUCAAAAUAGGAAAAACACAGAUAACACCAACAAUGACAGAAUCACUGGGCCUUCAAACAUGUAUACCAGCCCCUAAAGCAUAGAAUAUGUCUGCACUCAUGAAUCAUUGUCAUCACUGCUCUGCCUUAUCUCUGUUCACGGGUUACUGUGGUCAUGAGUCACCAAAGGGGCAUCCCUCAGUAGCCCAACACACACUUCUAAACGUGUCCAACCAGCUACAGUUGAGGUUUAUCCCAUUUUAUGUCAUUAAAGUCUCAUUAAUUUUUUUCAGUCUAAGUAGCUAAGAAUUCUGUACGUUCAUUUGCAAGGUUGAGUGAGACCCUAAAAUGACCAACCAGUGAUGGAGGCAAUUUUGGAAUCUGAUCCCUGGAUGUCAAAUAAGGGUUGAGGUAAUAGUAAGGAUGAUUGCAUCAUUUGAUGAUCUGGCUUUCUCCCAAAGGCUGUAAUGAGGGUCCGUGUUUACAAUAGCAUCAGCUGCUAGAAACUAUAGUCUUAAUUGGAAAGAUAAGGCCAUAUUCCUGCUGAUGACCCCAAGGGGACAGAGCUUUGAGAUACUCUUUUUUAGAGGGCAAGAAGAAAAGAGAACCCCAAAAUAAAUGAAUGGUUGGGGCUAUAGACAAUGUACACUAGUAAGAAUAUAGAAACUGUGCUUUUACUCAAUGGUUUCAUAAGAAAUUAGUAGGGUAUGGGGACCAAAUUUGCACUUAGGUUUUCAGUUUGCAUAAUCACAGUUCCCUGGUCAAGACAAUGUCCAGCCUCCCGGGAUGAAGGGAUCCAUUUUGCAACUGACCAGUUCUUGGCAGGGAAAGAUGCUUUGCCAUCAUGAAAUGCCCAAAUAGAAUGAAAUGUGACCAUACCGGUGAUUGUGAGGUUAAUAUUCCCAAUGACCAUCCAGGACCAAUUGUGUAUUUAAACACAGGAAGGGAGACUCUUGGCUGUUGCCUAACAAGAAUGAAUCAUUCUGGUGUCAAAGCUCUUUAACAAGCUUUUAAGGAUGAAAUGCUGAAUGAGAAAGGAAGUAUCUAUAAUCUAUGCUCCUUAACAAAACAAUUUUUCUUUAUUCAUCUGUUUAGAUCGUUCUCCUUGGAAAAGACUGAGGUAAUUUAUAGUUUUAUUAUUUUUUUUUAUCUUGCCUUAAAAGUCUAAGGAGUUUGAUGUUUGUCGUUUGAGGUAAAGCAUCUCUGAGAAAAAGAGAACACUUUGAAUUCUUCUAUCUUAACCUUUGUAAAAUGAAAGAUUAGUAAGUCUGAAUCUACCACCAGGCACAAAAUGGUGUCACUGUUUGUCCUCCUGGCCUGAAGAAGGGUCACAGCCACAGGAUGGUGCAAAUCCUAUUAAGUGGCUUUGAUUUGAGAGGCAAUGGUAGCCUGAAAACUGGAGAAGCUGACAUAUUUCUGGUUCAUGACCUCCGUACCCACUUCCUUCUUCCGGACACCUCCUAGCCAAAUCCCCUCCUCCUCGGCCCCCACCCACACUCCCUCCAGGCUUAAUGGCGCCUGGGAAACGUUCCUUCCUUCUCUGCCUCUCUCCUUUUUCUUGCUCUAAAUGAUGGACAUAAAAGUUGUUAGACAUUCCUAAGUGCCCUCCCCUUGGUCCCCAUUCCUGAAAGAUUCAGAUCAGGACAUUAUGGAGGGGUUACUAUCUAGGUUAUUAUCUAGCUCUUCCUGGGUUCUCUUUUUGCCAUGAAAAUAGCCAUAAUCUCCUGCAUUCCUGAGUGGCAACAGAGGCAGAAGACUGUGUGGACUCACUCUCCUGCGCCACAGUCCUGUCCAGGGCACCCCAUGUCCACAGCUCAUGAACUGUGACAUAAGCUGUGUCAUAGGUGUAACCUGUGUAGACCCAGCGGAAACCCCACCUUUCAUUUGACAAUGAUGACUACACACUCAUUUUUCCCACUUGUGUUCCUUGGCUUAACACAUCAGAGGUGACGUGUGUUACGCUUACCAGCUUUGUGAGGCAGACCCAGGUAAAGACACACUUUGGGCUUAAAUUAUCCAGGAUUAUUGCCUCCAUCCUCUGUAUUGCCAAACAGAAACAGCAGACUGAUUGGUGAUUCUGCUGACUAAAGGAUAUGUGUUCCCACAUCAUAUAUGCCAUCUUUAUUAUGCAUUACAAGCAAUGAAAGAUCCUGAAAAUGCAAAGAGAAAAAUGUGGUGCAGAGAAUAACGUUUGGUUUAUGGAUCCAAGGAUAGGCUUUCCUUAAGCAAACAUUAUGUGCAAUACACAGAAAUGCUGACUAAAUUCCAUCUUUCCAAAAUCAAGGACUCCUUUCUAAAUAUUCAUUUAUGAAAGAACUCAAUUGAAAUUCGCCAAGUGAAACAAACAAACAAAAUAUAUUUAUAAUGCUAGAAGGAAACGACCUCCAAGAUUUCUUACAUGGACAAUUUUGAACAGUAUCUCACCAAAGGGUGAUGUGCCCCACCCCCUUCUUUUUCCUAAACAAAAGGUAAUCCUAUAUCCCAGGAGGGAGGAAAAAGGAAUGUACCAGCAUUUGUUCGUGUUGGUUCAAUCAGUAAUUAUUGGGAUGAGAAAGACAGAAAAAUGAACACGUAUCUCAGUUUCCUGAAAGCAAACAAAGGAGAACUUGCUAAUGGAAUGUAGAAUAUUAUGUAAACUUCCUUGUAAAUUCUGUACAUAGUUCAUUGAAUUGUUCCCUGUUGCGUGGUGGUCCUCGGCUUUGGGUGGAUGUUUGAACAAUCCGAGCAUUGUAAAUAACGUGAGCUUAUAAGGCACUUGCUUUUAUUCACGAAGUGAAGCAACUAGUGAUUUGGGCCCAAACCAGAAUCUUUUUCGCUCUUGCUCUUUCUCUGCCAUUUUGUGUGCGCGGUUGUGUGACUCUGCCAGGUGUCUCGUGCUCCCUGCCUCAUGCCCCCACGGCCACGCAAAGGGACAGUAGCUGCUGAGAAGGCUGCACUCCGGUGGGGCUCAGGAUUGGCGCACCAGCAGAGACGGGACCUGUAGCGAACUGCUCCUGGAACCGUGUUGUGAAAAGUAGACGUGUUUUUAUCAGUCAUUUGUGGCUAUUCAUUCAUAUAUCGAAAUACCAAAUUAUCCAUGCUGUUGAGGGGUCAGGAAUGGAAGAGAUGUUCAAAAUCCACAGGUAAUCCAAAGCUUCCUUUGCACCCAUAGCUCUAGUUUCUAACUUUUUUCCUUCCACAAUGUUUCCCAGAACUUUUAAUAAGAAUAGAAGUGAAUGGAUGGGUUUGAUCAGGGUAAACACAUGGUCAGACGUCCAAAUGAUGAGAAGGAGAAAAGGAAGAGACAGCAAAUGACAUUGAAACAACUGGCUGAUUCAUCCCUCAAAGAUGCAGCGGUAACCAUGUCAAGUGUUUCUAAAAGGUAAAGAGAGAUAUUGGCAAUUAAAGCAAGUAUUUUUCAACUAGGGGCCCGGGGUUGUGUUUGGUAUGUGCUAGUUAAACUUAGAAUCUGGUAAUUAAAUAUUUUCACAUAUAUUUCCCCCAAGUCCUGGUAUUCUUGAAAAAGACUUCAGAAUGGUGGGAUAUUCAGCCAUAAGAUGUGUUUUCAUGCCAACUGGCAGUCCCAGAGAAGGUGAUGGUAUCUGCAGAAAUUCAGAAUAUCUUAGCAAGCUGGGACAUAGAUUGGUUUCUUAGUAACAUUUUUAGAGUGCACCAUGUCUUUCUUGGGGUUAAGAACUUAGCAAGGCAGGGCUUUUUGUACCAGGAUUUUAUGUACCCGGAGAAUCAUUUUGGCUCCAAAAUGUGCACCUGGAGAAUCAUUUUGGCUCCAAAAUGGGCCAACCAGUGUCCAUCAGUAAUCAAAUAAGAAAAAUGCCCUGUAGGAACUAACCAGGUCAGUCAAUUUCUAGAUCCAGAAUACGCUGUGCCUUUACUUUAAUCAUGCUUUUUCUAUAUAACAGAAAUCAACAAACUGACAGAAACUUAAUUGUUAAAGGUUGUAAUUUCACAAGCCACAUUUGAAAGGAAACCCUUUUAAAUAGAAGAAUUGCAAACCAGAAAAUACUAAGUUCCUAGAAGGGUAAGGAUAAAGAGUUUUGAGUUUACUUUUACUUCUCCGAUAGCAAGAAUUUCCUUAUUUGAACGGAAGAGGUCUAACAGUUGUCUGUUUGGUUUUGUUUUUCCUAAUCAAAAAGUCUUUGGUACAUCAAGGGGGCUCACAGUCAUUCCUGAUUGGCCCCUAGAUACCUUGCACAUCCUGGAGCAACCAGCUCUCAUCACAAAGAUUUCAGUAGGAAUUCCAUGUGGGAAAAUUAGGUAUAUUGUUGAACCAGUUGGAAAGAAACCAUUCUUAAUAAUGACUCUACCUGCAUAUCCUGUUUUGAAGACAAUAGAAAAAUAAAUCAAUAGAAGAGAGGCCAAAUAACAUUAUGCAUUUGCCUUAGGUAUACAGGGUCAUAGAUUCACUAGCUUAAAACAGCUCCCGUUAGAAGCCAAAGGAUGAAUAAAAGCAAUCAGUAUUGCCAUAUGGCUUUCACCUCUCCCUGGGUUUUCUUUUGAAGAGAAACAGAAAAGGGGGAACAUUUUCCAAUAUAACUUUUUUAUAGGUGAAAAUGAUUAAAAUAUGAUAUGCGUGCGCACCGUGCAGGUUUGGCUGUGUGUGAAAUAGAUUACCUCUCUUGUAUUCAUUCCCUCCCAGCACUGGAUGCCACCCUGCCUCCUGCCUUAACCCAAAGGAAUCAAUUCAUGUUUCCUCUUCCUCAUUCCAAACCUCCUAAGUUAUCUUGCCCUUGCAUAGCUGAAAGCUUCAGCUUCUUUGAACUUGUAUUGUGUAUCUUCAAUUCACAAAACAAUGAAUCUUAAUAAUCUCCCCAGUUUCGUAGUUCUGCUGCCUUUAAAAGGUCUUUGGAGGGAGCUUGUGUAAUGGAGGUAGCCUCCUCCGAACUGCCUCGGGUUAUUUUUCUUUUCUGCUUUUCCGCCCUGUAUGUCAAGAGUACAUGUUUACAUAAACCUUGUUUCCCUCAGCCUAAUUUAAAAUAAAGUGGAAAUAAAAAUCAUUAGCUCAAACUUGGGAAAGUUCACAUUAUCUACACCAAAUUUGGAUGACAAGAACGUGCCCUGACAUUCUACUUGUGGAAUGGGGAGUUCACACCGUAUCAGCUCUUGUCCAUCAAACUCAUUUCCUCAUGCCCUCUUUCAGCCUUAAUUAAGUAUGCCUUUUAAAAACCUAUUAUUAUUCCUUCCAGAAUGGUUUCUCAUAAUACAUAAUACACUACUGGUUACAGACCAUCCUCUAGGAACUUGACCACUUUAUAACUGUCACUCUCUUAAUCCUGUUACAUAUUCCAUUCUAUGCAUCACCCCACCGACUCCCUGUCAGCCUUCUAGCACACAUUAAAUAUAGUAAGACAAGUCAUAAUGCAGACUUGUCCAAACUGCCCCUAUAAAAUAUGUAGAACAUCUUUUUCCUCCAAACAGCAUUCCUCUAGAGAACAGAGUCCUCUAAAUCUAUACCAAGCAAUGUGCAGACUAACUUUAAAAAAUUAACAGUAAAUGAGCAGCAUGGUGGAGAGAGGGAAAUUACAGCGGAUGGAAGAUACCCUGGAGUUGGGACUACAUGACCUGGCCUUCAUGUUGCCUCUACCACUGCCCAAAGGUGCGGUUCCUGACAUGCCCGCAGAUGACUUCCAAGUUCUCGCCCAAAUUUCCACCAGUGGGAAACCAAGUUCCCAGCUACAUUUAAAGGGGAAUCUUAGAGAGGUUCAUUUGUGCAGGAAGUUACUAGACAGAUAUAGGAGCACCGUAGCCUCCGCUAACAUAGCCCCAUAAAUUCAGUAAUAUACCUUGUUGUAGAUCUCUGGGAGUAAGUCAUCAGGGUAGACCAUCUGGUGUCAACUGGACCAAAUUCAAUACCUGUUCAAAUUCCUUUAAAAAUACAUCGAAGUUAUAAUACCUAGAAAUUUCAAAAUAAAUUUAUAGGCAAAUGGCAAAAAUAAAUUAUUUUACAAUUUUAGUAAUGGUCUACACUACAGUAUUUCCCUCCAAGAGCACUGGAGAGUCUCAGAUAACAUAAAUCAGUGUGGUCUCUAUUUUUAGAUCUCUGGAAAAUAGAGAUCCUUUAGGCCAUUCCCUGCAACUCAGUCAGGAAAAGCCCUAAAUGCCCCUUCAGGAGUGGAAAAGCCUACGUCUAGGCAGCAUCUGAGCAGAAAUGCUGUGGCAGUGCCCUUCAGUGUUUGUCCUCAGGGCUGGCCCCCAUCACUGUCCGUGUUCUGUAAGCGGAGUAGCAGGUAGGAUUGAGCUCUCAGACAAGGGGCGGCCUCCCAUCUGGUUGCAAAAGAUUCCAGGUCUUUAGAACCUCUGUUAUCUGCUCUUCCUGCCCACUUUCCCAAACCCCCUCCCAUUCCCCACUUAACUAGUUCAAUUCGCCAUGUUUUAGGCAGGGCCAUGACGAAACUGAAAGUUUACUUUAUUGAGAUUAGCGUUUCUAGCUCUUCAUAUUUUUAAAGCAUGCACCCUCCCCAUUCCAGUCUCUGAGCCUGAUCCCCAAUGCGAUUCCUGCACACUGGUGUUCUUAACUUUUCCCCUUUUUCAAAAGAUACCUUCCAACUCUAAAUUUCCAUGAUUCUCCUGAGUGUCUCCUGACCAUUCAGAAUUGUUAGGAGAAUGCCUAAAAAUUCCUCUUUUCUAUUGUAGGCCAGUCGACCAAUGAGAUGGACGUUUUUAUGUAGUUGGCCUAACAUUCUGCCCCUUGACCUCGCACACCGUCUAUAUCCUAUUGUUCCAAACUUCCCAUGUGCAGGUGCGCUCAUCACUCCUCUUCAAGUAGUGAGCUUAGAGUUUUCUUUUUCAGGUUUCUCAUACUCUGUACCUUGAGAUAGGUUCAUAUUUAAUGUCAUUUUUUUAAAAACAGAGGAAGCACUUUAAGUCUUCAAAUUCUCACCAAGUUGAGAUGGAUACUUACUAAGAUGUUUAGCAAUUAGGAUUCAUUCAGGUACAAGUAACAAAGGAUACAGCUAAAAGUAACUUCAGCAAUCAAAAUGAUAGCUCCUAUAGCAAAUAGGGUGGUUACUGGCUUAAUGAUUUCAAUAGCUCCAUGAUGUCACCCAGGACCCAGUUCUUCCAAACUCUGUAUGUUAUCAGCACCCAUUGCGGUUGCAACAUGGCUAUACUCAUGCACUCAUAUCAAGUGGCAGAAACAAGGUAACGUCCUGCCGUAGGUCUCUUUUUAAGAGCCAGGGAAUCUUUCCCCAAAAAACUCUCCCUGCCAUCAUUUUUUGUUCCUUUGGAUAGGGUUGGAUUGCACAACCAUUCCUGAACCAGUCACUGGUAAGAGGAAUGAAAUUAUCAUGAUGGGCUUACAAUAUUGACACAAUGCGUUGCCCAAUGCCUGGGGCAGGGGAAAACAAUGGAAUAUGUUAACAAAAAGAGAGAAGAAUGGUUUUUGGGUAGAUAUCCAAUAGUGACUGUCACACUUUGGUCUAAGGUAUCAGAAAAUACUUUGUUCCACAUAAUUUCAUGAUUCGAUCUUCCCCACAACCCUGUGGUUAUGAUGACGAUACCAAUAUCUGGAAAUAGAGGCUAAGUAGGUUAAAUUAUUUACCCCAGAUCUGAUAACUAGUUAGUGAUAGAAUUAGUAUUUGAUCUGAGUUUGGGUGUUUUGUUUUGUUUUGUGGCUACAAAGGCCAAAACUUUGUCUACUCUAUCACACUCUAUCUAAUCCUUUUUACCUGGAUGAUCCAGGUUUUGGGUGGUUCAAAGAUAAGAGGAGGGUAGGGAGGAAGAAAGAGUACAAUUUCCACCCCCAACAUCUAGAUACUAUGCCCAGUAAACACUUCUGUUCUUUUUUUAUCCUGCUCCUCCUCCCUGCCCACGCCCCCCCCCACCACCAAACACACAAAAGCCUUUCAUUAUUCUCUUGAGGGAAAGUGUAGAAGGAAUAGUUCACAUAACAACUGAAUAGCCUGAGGUGUGCCCCAUUUCUUUUGGGAUAACAUUACUGUUAGGGGACAACGUGCCCCAGUUUCCCUGAGACAGUCCCAGUGUGUAAUUACCAAUUGCACCACAUUUUACUCUCAAAUUUGUCCAUUUAGAUAACAAUGAUAUAGUCACACUAUUUAUAGGUCUUAUAAUCCCCAUACCUUGUGGGUAUGGGAAAUAUUGAUAAAUUAACACCUUGGAGAAAAUACACACCUUGGCUCCCUAUGAAUCACUUAAGUCUGACCUCAGUCUCUCUAUCACUCGGGUUCAUUUUAUCUCUCACUGUUCCUCUGACCCACCCUCAAGCAAACUACUCCUUAGGUUUUUCCUACCCUUCCGCCAAAACCACAGCCACUUCCCAUCCCAAAAUGUUCUCCUUGCUGUGCUUGAAGUUUUACAUUUUAUUUCCAUUGCCCAGAUUUUCCUCUUUCCUAGCCCCUCCCCAGUGGGUGGAUUAUGAAUCAAGCCACCAUCUUCAGAAAAGCCAUCCAUGAGCAACCUUUCCUCAUUCUGUUCACUCUCCUGCUAGCACUCCCUCAAUUCUUAUGGCCACUGAUAAUAAUGGAUGCUGAAUUUGUGUUAUCUUCCAGGAGUUUUGCAAAGAGAUGCUCUCCUUCCCUAAAUAAAGUGUAAGGUCCUUAAGGGUAAAUGCCCCAUUUUCUAAUUCUUCUGUAUUGCCCAAAGCAUCUAUUGUUCUUGUCAUGGUAGAGAGUCUGUAAAUGACCUACACUGGUAAAUGUAGCAACAGAAAAAUACAAUUUCUUAAUAGGAAGUACUUCAGGAUUAUAGGUAACACACCCUCCCCCAAAUUACUUUAGUUCCAUAGAGCCUAUGUGUACAACCUCUAAAUGGAUAAAAAAUGUAGUCAAACUUAUAGUCGACCCAGGUUUGGGUCCAUGCAAAGUGAUCAUGGAGAUUUUCCCCCAUCGCUUAUGACUAAACAAACUGAAUCUUAAUAACAGCAUUCUAGAUUCGACCAGUUCUGGCAGAAUUGAACUUUCCAUGCUGAUUACUACUGCUUUAACUUCAUGGAAACAGGAAAUUGUUCAUUUGAAGUCUCACUUUUCACCCAUUUACCCUCAUUUGCCUUAUUAAAAGCCUUCUGAAUCUAGGUUCUGUGGGGUGUUUACUCUCCCAAGUGGGAUUGCACUGCAUAAUUGGAACACUCCAAUGUGAAUUCCAAGAGAAUACUUCUAGACGGUAUUGCACACCAAAUUUCACUUCUGCCAAGAAAUAAAUAGAAGGUUUAGAACUCUAUAAGAGGGACGGGCAGUUCUUCACUGUCCCUCAAGACUGCGUAAAAUAGAUGUACAGAGAAAUACCUUUUCUGCACCCCUCCUUUCAACUGUUAACUCUCCUGUUCUCCUGUUAUGUAUAUUAUUUACAAAUUUGCAUAAAAGAAAUACAUCAUUUGCAAGCCUUACCUCAGAGUGGCAACCAGCCACCCCAGUUUUACUAGAUAACGUAUUUUUCUACUUGAUAUUCCCCCAAAUACAUUGAAUUGCAGUGUAUCUUUUUCUUUUUUUAAGCUAAUCAACUCACGUUAAUCCAUUUCCUACAUCUUUUUAAAAUACUCACUGGAUAAAGCUUGAAAUAUUUUAUAUUUUGCGACAAUGCUCCCGAGACAUUUUUAGGGAAGCCCCUUGAUUAUUCUAACUCACUGCAGUGUCAUGGAAAGCAGAAUUAUAAAUACAGUGAUAUUUCAUAUUCAGAACAUCCACUACUAAGUAGGGAAUGCUCGUGAUUAGAUAUGCAUAUACUUAUUGACUGCGUUGUUCAACUCCUUAUUUUAGAGAGGGCCAAUAACCCUCUUGGUAAAAACUACCAUGUGGCAUUAUUCCAAAGUCAAGAUUGCAUGAGGUUUUCAGAAAUUCUAAAUGAUAUGUUUACAAGGACUAAAAAUUUUUUGACAUCUUUAAAUAAGCUUUUUAUUUUUGACCACCAGGCAGCAUUUUGUGCCAUUGUGAUGGGAACCUAAUGGCUAAUGUGAAAUAAUGUCAUGUCAUUUAAAAGGUUAAUGGAAAUGUAAAUUGGAAACUUUAACAUUGUGUAAAUACAAAUAAAACUGUUUUUGAGAGAAACACAUCUGGGUUAGGGUGGCUUGCUUGAAAAAUUCGCUUGGCUGUCCAUCAUCUCUGAAUAAUUAUUUCAUUCCCAUGACUUUACCCAAUAAGACUCAACCUGAGGCAAAGAUCUUCUUACAGUGAUUCAGAAGAUUUGGGAAAGCAGGACUCAUCAGGCUAAAGAGUGGGGGAAAUUUCCAUCCUGCCGGCAAUGGAACACCUCUUUGGCACCACCUCACCUAAAACUUGAUUGAAUCCAAAAAUUAGCAAAACUUUCCAAACCAGUUUCCUGCUAUUUUAAUUCACAGCACCCUGUCCUAAAUAGCUGGGGCUUUCAAAAGCAGGUGCUACUUAUACACAAAAAUUCAUACCUUAUGUUGCCUCUCAAAAUCUGUUACGCUUAACUCACCAAUAUGUCUGAAUAUGUUAAAUGUCUUAUCCCUUGUUUUUAAAUCCCCACUCAUCAAUUUGCUGAAUUGUCAAUUUACCCUCCUACCAAACAGGAGUUAGCUAAUUCAUAUCCUGAUUGGUAUUACACAGUUCUUGUAAAUAAAAGAAUCCCUUUGUCCCUCUUUAUUUUUCAGCAGGCAGAACUUCUUUAAUUGCAAAGAAACAUAAAUUACAAUACAUUAAUGUUCUUUUGACAUAAGCAUUUGCUUUCUUACAUAAGCAGGUAAUACUUUUGUAUACCAACCAGACCACUAGAGGAGCUAAAUGGCAAGAAUAAGUAUUUCUGGAAACCAAUAGGAAUUUUAAUGAAAUGGGAAAGGUUUUAAAAAUGCCAAGAAAAGAAAGGUGGACUCUUUACUUUUAUAAUUCCAGUUCCUAUUUUGUAUCAAUAUAUGCUGCAUUUUCUGACUGAAACUGCUGUUCUAAUGAAACUUGAGAUUUUUCUGUAGUUGCUUUUAACAUGUGAAAUCAAACUUUCAUACAGGGUGUUCAACUGUAAUCUUUCUGUUAAGGAUUUGAUUAAAAUAUUCUAACCGUUUCAUUAAUUCCCUUUUUACGUGCUUCAAGUAUGUGACAUUAUGACUUCGCUAUCUCAAAAACAAUCUGUGAACAAAAUCCAUGAAGCCUGUAGACUGUGAUUUCUACACAUCAAAGAAGAACUAGACCUCCCUCUAAGCAAUGAAUCAGCGAAUAAGAAACUGUGCAGUGUCCUCUGAUUCCUGACCCUUUUAGCUUUCGUGGCCUUUUUUCUAUUCUUAUUCAUUGAGUAAUCAUGUAUUCUUGUAAAAUAAAAAGUCAACUUACAUGCAAUCAGGUAUGGACACAAGAAAUGCUUGUGCUCUCAAUUUCAGGACUCACAGAUACUCCAGCAGUCACAGGACUGUGGUUCACUCAGUAUUUUUGUUAAUAGUGUGGCUUUGCUAUAAAAUAACUUGCUGUUUUCUUUGCUCUGGUACUACAGGAUUUUAAAUGUUUCAGCAAAUGACAGAAAGAAAACACAUUUGAAGGCUGGUGUCAAAAACCAUCAGCUAUACUCACAAAAGCCUUUGUGCAGCUUCUGAAAUGUAGUUUAUUGCUGUAAAUAUGUACAAUUUAUGUUAGCUUGCUUAUUCCUAAAACUCAAAUAAAACUUUUUUUUAAUUGAAAAUGCCUACAUAUAAAAAGCUUAGUUUGUACUACGUUCAAAAACAUGCAAGAUUUCAGGCAUAUCUUUUUAUAAUUCUUAAAAAUGUUUAGAAUUCUGAAUCUAUCAUUUCAGAGCCUUUAUUGUAAAAUUUAAUACAAAGCAAAAUCCCUUUAUUUGGAAGAAAUUCUUUGCAGUAUUAUCCAACAACUGGGGAAAAAGUACCAGCACUUUCCCGGGAGCUUAUUUCUGUACCACUUUCAUUUUUGGGGGGAAAAAAAAAUUCUUUAGGAUAACAUGCCUUACAAACAUUUGGACAUAUGGAGUGUUUGUGUAUCAGAAAAAAGAAAUUGUUUCCUUGUAUUCAAAAUGAUGCCUAAAAUGGACUUUAACAGCAUCCAUUUGUGAGGUGCAUUAUGUCAAAUUUCUUUUAAAAUCUCCACUGUAAAUAUGAAUAUUAGAGUUGGGCUAUUUGUCAGUCUUUCCUAAUUGGAAGACCUCCAACCUCCAAACUCAUUGUCUCCCCUCAGAAACAAUAUGUUGACAAUAAAAUAAUGAACAGACUAAAGGUGUGAAGUUCAUAUAUCCAUUAAUGAUGGUUAGCAGAAUAGCUUUUCAAUGAAGAGUCUAAAUUCCAGCCUAAAGAUAACUUUAACAUCCAUCCAGCAAAGUACCUGGGAGUCAGCACUUCAUCAGCAGAGCCUUAGCCUUGCAGAGCUACCAAGGAUUUUAGAGACAUCCUAUAAUGGCUACUAUUUCCAGAAGACUAUGUUAUGCAAUGGACAAAAUAAAUGGCCAUCCAAUUUUUUUAGAAAAAUAACAUAUAUGUGUUACAUGUUUAGGAUUUGCCGUAAGAAUUAUAGAUAAUAUGAAGCUAACACAAGAUAGGUAUUUGUGUAUCUGUGAUAUAAGUAGUAUCAGCCAAGGAUAUGGAGAAAAUGGAACCCCUGUGCACUGCUGGUGGCAAUCUAAAAUGGUGUAGUCACUACAGAAAACUGUAUAGAGGUUCCUCAAAAGAUUAAAAAUAGAACUACUUAUGAUCCAGCAAUCCCACUUCCGGGUAUUUAACCAAAAGAACUGAAAAUAGCAUCUUGAAGAGAUGUCUGCACUCCUAUGUCCACUGCAGCAUUAGUCACAAUGGCUAAGAGGCGGAAACAACCUGAAAGUCCAUUUGUGGAUUAAUGGACAAAGAAAAUGUGGUAUAUACAUAAAAUGGAAUACUAUUCAGCCCCCCCAAAAGGAAGUUCUGUCAUAUGUUAAAACAUGGAUGAACCUUGGGGUGCCUGGGUGGC